ACUACAAUUAAGUGGUCACCGAUGAUAUAGAAAUAAGAUUUGUUGGACUCUCCUUCACAUGGUAGAGAUAGGUGAAGAUGAUGCGUUGUGGAGAACAUCUAUGGAUCCUCUGCGCUCUGUUCAUCUCCCUCUUCCCAGACCUCUCAACCUGCUCAUGGGAUUCCAUGAUAUACGUAGGUUGCACUCAGGUGAAGUACAACCCCGGCAGCCCCUACGAGUCAAGCCUCAACUCAGUGCUCGCCUCGCUCGUCAACUCAGCCUCCCUCUCCAACUACAACACCUUCAACAUCCCGACCGACGACAACGACGCCGUGUCGGGGCUCUUCCAGUGCCGCGGCGACCUCACCAGCUCCGACUGCCACAGCUGCGUCGCGAACGCUGUCUCGAGGAUAGGCGGCUACUGUAUGGGGACAUGCGGCGGCGCCCUGCAGCUGGACGGCUGCUUCAUCAAGUACGACAACGCCUCCUUCGUCGGGGCGCUCGACAAGACUGUGGUGUCGCGUAAGUGCGGCCCGCCUAGUGGCGCUGGCAACGAGAGGGAUGCCGUGCUGGCGUAUCUGGGAGGCGGCGGGGGGCAGUAUUUUCGGGUGGGGGGGUCGGGGAGGGUGCAUGGCGUGGUGCAGUGCGAGCAGGAUUUGAGCAGCGGGCAGUGCGAUGAGUGCUUGUCCGAGGCCAUCCAACGGCUGAGGACGGAGUGCGCGACGUCUCCUUGGGGUGACAUGUUCUUGGCCAAGUGUUACGCUCGCUACUCCGUCGCUCAGACUCAGGCGGCCACCGGCUAUGCAAUGCCUGGUUCCCAAAGCGGUAAGCUUCGUUGCAGCCGCUUCCUAGCGAUCGCGCUUUAUCUUUAUUUCUCUACCUACUUAACGUGUCCUAGCCUAUUAUGAUUUCGACUCCUCUUGAAUGCUCCGUCCUAAUUUUUUGUUGAUUAAUUUACUAAGGUAGCUCCUACAAUUUUUAAUCUAUCGUUGUGUGAUUGAUGAUCUCUCUUUUUUUUUCCCUGUUUCUGGUUGUAAUUGUUAUGUGAAAAGGAAAGGUUGCUGCUUUUUUGCU